CCGCGAGCUCGUCUGCCCUGCCGACAUCGCUGGUAGUGGGGCUGUCUCCCGGAGGCGGACCAGCGAACGCCCAGUUCCCGCAUCCGGCAGCCUGCCGCCCCACUCUGCGCCGCUGACAUCCUUACCCGGGACGCAGUGACCGUGUUUAAAUCACAAGGGCGUGGGUCAGGCUCCCCUAGGACUUCAUGUCUGUUUAUUUCCCCAUUCACUGCCCUGACUAUCUGAGCUCGGCCGAGAUGACUGAAGUGAUGAUGAACACCCCAUCCAUGGAAGAAAUUGGUCUCAACCCCCGAAAGGAUGGCCUUUCCUACCAGAUCUUCCCUGACCCGUCAGACUUUGACCGCUGCUGCAAACUGAAGGACCGUCUGCCGUCCAUCGUGGUGGAGCCCACAGAGGGGGAGGUGGAGAGUGGGGAGCUCCGGUGGCCCCCCGAGGAAUUCUUGGUCCAGGAGGAUGCGCAGGACAACUGUGAAGAGACAGCGAGUGAAAACAAGGAGCAGUAGAGUCCACGCCGGCUCCCUCGGGGUCACACCAGACAGCCUCUGUACCUGAACUGUGUUCUUUCCCACUACCAUGGAAGGAGAGCGUGUGUGAGCCCCUGCAGUUCUGCACACAUCAGAUGAUGGCUUCCUUUCUGCACCUGCAAAUCACUGAGUUGAUUUUCUUUUCUUUUCUUUUCCUUUUUUGAGAUGUCGGGCAGCAGAGCCCUCUGUGACUACGCGCCAGGCCUUUUGAGAAAGGAAGCUUCUUAGAGCAGGGGUGGGGUGCAGGGAGGCAGGCAUCUUGGAGAUUAUUAUCUGAACUCAGGCGGGCUGAAGGCAGCCCUGUGACUCCAGUGGGCUCCGGGGGAGGGCGUCUGGGGCAAGAAAAACAAACAGGAGAUGAAAGAGAAAAGAAAACUGAGCAGAGAAGUGUGGCCAGGAAAGAUGGACCCAGCAGCAUGCGCUCUGGCUACCGAGGCAUCACCCUACAAAGUCUUUAUCUCUCUCUCUAAUUUUGCCCAAUGCCCGCCUUUGUUUUUAUUUCCGGUGUGUUCGUCUGUAAUGGGAGGCAGGUGAAGGAGAGCCGUGGAGCCUGGCUUCCUGCAGAGCCAGCCGGAGGUGAUGCUGGGAAAGAGAAAAGUCUCCUGGUUCCUUCUCCAGACCCUCCCCUUGGGCCCUGGCCGAUGCUCCUGCCUGCUGUGAUCUGGAGGUUUUUUGAGAGGCUGCACUUUUGAGCGUUCCCCUGAUUUAUCCUCUUUGCCCCCCAUCUUAGCCCUUUUGGAAAUAGCGAGAGCCUCUCCCGCCCUUGUUGGAGGGCCGAGAUAGAUGCUUGGACACCGAGGUCCAUCCUCCGCUGCUCCCCCCAGACUCACUCUCCCUCUGGGUGGAGGCACAGCGUGGCGGGCCCUCCCUCCAGGGCUGGCCCUUUCUCCUCCUGACCCCCACCCUCCCAGCCCCAGCACAGCCGUUUGGGUGGCUGCUAGCCUGGCCAUGGGUUCGAGCCAGCCUGACCAGCUACAAUACCCACUCCUACGUGGGAUCUUGGCUUCUUUUUCUGGUGGGGGCUGAGCAGCUAGCAGGGGAGAGUUUCUGUUUCUCACUGGGAAGUGAGCUUUAAGGCAGGUCCUGAGAGCUGGCAGAGCCUGGGAGUUGUGGAUGGUGGUGACAGGCAGCCCAGGGAUGGAAUUUGAAACUCAAGGGUGUCAUGAGAUCCUGGGCUUCUUCCCUGGUAUUCCUGGAUGCGGAGGGUGGGCGGCAUGGGGAGGGAGCCGCAUCCCUUCCCACUUGACCCCUGUGAGGGCUAUAGUUGCAGAGAAAGCUAACGUGGACUUAGAGCUCCUUAUCACAGUUAAGAACCAUCUGGAGCUGCAGAUUGCAGGAUGAAACCCUUCACACACCUCUAUCUCAGAGCAGGACUGUGGAGCCAAGAAGUGAGCUCAAGUCCCUCCCUGGGGCUGAACGCAGCCAACUGAGGCACCCACCUCGUCCCCUCAGGGCCCCAGGCCGUCCAGGCUGAGCCCCUUUGGUUGGGACAUGUGUGUAGACUUGUACUUAAUACCUCAAGGUUAGUGUGGCUCUGGGGAAUGCUGGGGCGGGAGGACCAGCGUGGCUAGCUUAUAUCAGCAGGACUUGGUUCUGGGCAGCCGAUGCUCAUCCCCCGCCCCUCCGCCCCUACCCUGUGUUGUCUGUCCAUGUUGCAUACACCGAUGGCAAUAACUUCUUCCAGCUCCUCGGGCAAGUGGGAGAGGCCUGCAGCCGGCCCUACGAGGGAGCUUUUCUCUCUCUCUUUCUCUCUCGCUUGCUCUAGCUCUCGCUCUCCUCCUGUUUCAGCCGCAGGGAACCUGUCCCCAUUCCUCUCACUCCUCACAGCUGCAGUUCUCAACCCAUGCCUCCCUCCGUGGAUGGGGUCUUGCCUUUGAAAAUCCCGUGUUUCUGUGUCCCCGUCUCAUGCUCCCCUGUAUCAUCUGUCCCAGUCUUGCCGUGUGAUGGGAACGUGCUUGUAAACUGCAUAACAAAUCUGCUUUGUGUAUAUGUGUGUUUAUGGGGGUGGUUUAUUAUUUUUUGCUGGUCGCUAGAUCCCUCUGUAUGACCACGUGGAGUCUGAGCAGGCCAGGGGCUGACAGCUUAAGUCAGGACCCUCAGCGGUGAGCCUGCUGUGGGGACCCAGCUGCUCUUGAACAAGUGGCUGAGCUCCUGUCUGGCCUCCUCUUUUUUUUUUUUUAAAGUAACUUGUGUGUAUUUCUAACUGAUCCUAUUGGGGGAAAAAAAAAAAAAAAACCAACCCUAGUAUUUCAGUAAAAAUGCCUGUUGUAAGAUGAACCUCCUGUAACUUCUAUCUGUUCUCUUUUGAGGCUCAGGGAGAAACUAGCAUUUUUUUUUUUUUUUUUCAAACUACUUUUUGUCACUGUGACAGUUGUAAAUAAAGUUUGAAAAUGCUUUCCA